AUGUCUGCUGAAGAAGAAACAACAUUAGAUUUAACAACAGAUAAUGAUAAACCUUCGAAAAUCUCUAAAAAUCAACAACGUAAACAGAAACGUUAUGAAUUAAUGCUUGAACGACGUAAAUCAAAACGAAAAGAAGAAAAAGCUAAACAAAAACAACGUCAUAUUGAUAAAUUAAAAAAUUCCAAAGAUCAAUCCCUUGUUACUCGUAAUAGUCUCAAACAUAAUCUUAUGGAAAAAUCGUCUUGUCGUAUACGAAUAUGUAUUGAUUGUCGAUAUGAUUCGUUGAUGAGUGAUAAAGAUAUAGGUAGUUUACAAAAACAAAUUGCUUUUUGUUAUUCAUCUAAUCGUCGUAAUACAACACCAUGUCAAUUUUAUAUAACUAAUAUUGAUGGUCAAUUACAAAAACGUCUUGAAGUGAAUAGUGCAAAAAAUUGGGAUAUUCAUUUACAAAAUGAACCAUUAGAAAAAGUCUUUGAUUAUGAUGAUAUACUUUAUUUAACAAGUGAAUCAGAAAAUGUUUUAAGUAGUACUGAACCACUUGAUGAACGAACUGUUUAUGUUAUUGGUGGAAUUGUUGAUCAUAAUUCACGCAAAGGUUUAUGUUAUCAAUUAGCUGUUGAAAAUAAAUGGAGACAUGCACGUUUACCAAUUGAUGAAUUUAUUAAAAUGAAUACACGUCGUGUACUGGCUUGCAAUCAUGUUAUGGAAAUACUUUUGAAUUAUAUUAAAUUAGGAGAUUGGAAAAAAGCUUUCGAAGAAAAUAUACCAAAAAGAAAACAAGUUGAUACAGAGAUGAAUGAUGACGAUGAUGAUGAUGAUGAUGAUAUACCAAAAACUGUUUCGCCUAAUCAUCCUGAAGAACCGAAACCAUGCGCUGAAAUUCAUGAAAGACGAAUAGAAGUUGAUGAGGCAGAAGAUCCUCCACCACUUAAUUUAUGA